AUGUUUCUUGAACUCUAUAAUGAUCCUCCAUAUGGCAAAUCCCCGACCCUAGCGGUCCUCAGGACUGAGAUAAAUUCUGUUGUGAACUCACUUUCUGAGUCAUCCAGUCGGCCAGACACAAUGGUGUCUGUCCGAUUGGAAGGUCUCAUCGAAUUUCUGCAAUGUCUCUCCCUUGAAGAUAGGAAUGCAUUGUCCAAGGGAUUGGGCAUUGAUGCUAACACCAGUGGAGAGAUGCCUGAUGGUACCACUGAAACACCACUACCCAUUCCCCCUGCGGUCUCCGAUAAUUCGCCUGCUACUCCUACCAUUCCUACUUCCCCAGCUCCUACUGCGGCUGCUCCCACCAUCUUGGUCAAGUUUGACGAGUAUGACGACUCUGAUGAUGAAGACGCGGCCACUGCGGCCGCGGCACUUGCAGAUGACUCCCUAUUACAGUUUUACAAUAGCACUUACUUCAAUUUGCCCGCCACCAAUGCUGAGGGACCCUUCUAUUGUAUCACCAGGGGUCGAUACAUUGGUGUCUUUUCAGGCUGGGAUGCUACUGGUCCAAAAGUGCUUGGCGUCUCCCGCGGUAUCUUUCACAAGGUGGAUAGUAUUGAGAAAGGGAUGAGCAUCAUGAGGAGCGCGAUAGACCGUGGUGAUGCCAUCCAGGUAUUGUAA